UUUUAUACAGUCGUUUCUUCAAGUUCGUCUACACCGCUGACCGGACCACUACUGCACAGUGAGCUUUAGGAGCCGCGGUUUUGGAAGACAGCCCUCUCUAGCUCUGUAACUAUUAAAAAUGGAGAUAAAGGAUGCCUCGAGUGCACCUCAUCGUCAAGUUCCUGACAAAGAUACUUACUUGGAAUGGAGUGAUUCGGUAAAAACCUUGUUGAUGAAUCAAGAUCUCUGGGAAAUAGUUGAAGCAACCACUGAACCUCCGAAGAAAGAAGAUGAUGAAACUACUUUCAAGGCUUGGAGUAUGAAAAAUUCCAUGGCUUUAACUAUCAUCAAGGUUUCAUGCGGGCCGGACGCAUUGUCAGAGAUUAGGGAGAUUGAUUCGGCUAACAUUGCAUGGAAUACUUUGGCAGAAAAGUACAACGUCUCUAAAAAUACUAGCUCAGGGAAUACUAUGUUGGGAUCAUAUGCAUCACAUCAACAGCAGAAUAAUCUCGAGAUAGCUUCGAGAAUACAUGGGAAUAGUAUGUUGGUAUCAUAUGCACAGCAGAAUAAUUCCGAGAUCGCUUCCAGAAUACAUGUUUUUGCAGGCAGCGAGCAAAGUGGAAACGUUGACCAUCUUCAGUAUGAGGCCUUAAACAAGGCUGUGCAAAGAGGUGAUUGGAACGCUACAGAAGAGUUCCUUAAUGGCCAACCUGGUGCAUGGAGUGCAAAAAUCACAUUUUUGGGCGAGACAGCUCUUCACGUUGCUGUUAAAGCUGGGCGUGAUCAUGAGCAUAUAGUGGAGAAGUUAGUGGAUGUAAUGUCGGAGGAAGACUUGGCAAUACAGGAUAGCUUUGGUGGCACAGCUUUGGCUUAUACAAUUAAUAGUGGAAACUACAGGAUGGCGGCGUGCAUGCUUAAAAAAAACAAGAAGUUGGUCAGCAUUAGAACUCAGAAUGGUGAAAUUCCAGUUAUUCACGCUAUUGAUUAUGGGCAUAUAGAGUUGGCUCGCUAUCUCUAUUCUCUCACUCCCCUAGAAGAUCUAAUGCCAGAAAAUGGCAGUAACGGUGCUACACUUUGUGGUCAGGCAAUAUAUACCAGAACUUUAGAUAUUGCUUUGGAUUUAAUCCAGCGUUGUCCACGUUUAUCUCUUUCUCUAGACAGAGAGGGAUACAGCCCUUUGUAUGCGUUGGCUUCUAUGGCGUAUGCAUUCCCGAGUGGAAAUCCGCUUGUGUUUUGGAAACGAUGGAUCUACUCCUGUAUACACAUUCAACCGGCUCGUGCCACCAAGGAAAUUCGUUUGAACUUUCAAAACGUAGAAAAAAGCCAAAGCGAUCAAAUAAAAAUCAUCGAAUUAGUGCCUGCUCUAUUGCGCCAGCUACUUUCAAAUCUCCUAAACUUCUUGGGAAUCGAGGAUUUAUAUGAAAUGAAGUUAGUCCAUGUCCAGUCCCAUGAACUUCUGGAUCGCAUGUGCAAAGAAGUAUUAAUUUCAAAUAUUGAGAAAAGGGGGAAAGGUCGCGUUUAUGAUGCCAUCUUCCGUUCUAUUCAGAAAGGGAUUUUUGAAUUUAUUUUUGGUAAAGUCCGAGCAAAUCCAGAUCUUGUGUGGAGCCAGGAUAAAGAUUCAAGAACUAUAUUUUCACUUUCUGUCUUACAUCGCCAAGCUAAAAUCUUUAGCCUUAUAUACCGGCUUGACCUGAAGAAAGCUCUAACAUAUAGGCGAGAUAAUUACAGGAAUCACAUAUUACAUAUGGCAGGGAUGACAGGAGCUUCGACUCUAAUUAAUCGAAUCCCAGGUCCAGCUUUGCAGAUGCAAAGAGAACUACAAUGGUUUAAGGAGGUGGAGAGCAUUGUCCAUCCCAAGGUUAAGGAAUCUUUGAACAAUGAUGGUUUGACUCCCCGAGAAUUGUUCACCAAGAACCACAAGGACUUGAUGAAAGAGGGAGAGCAAUGGAUGAAGGACACAGCAACUUCUUGUACAGUUGUAGGCGCUCUCAUUGUUACUAUUAUGUUCGCUGCGGCUUUUACGGUUCCAGGUGGUAACAACCAAGAUACAGGCUUGCCAUUGUUCUUAAGUAAAAAAGUGUUUAUGCUUUUUAUAAUAUCUGAUUCUCUAUCUCUCUUUUCAUCCUCAACUUCAGUCUUGAUGUUUUUGGGAAUCCUCACAUCACGUUAUGCAGAAGACGACUUCCUUAAAUCCUUGCCAACAAAGAUGAUAAUAGGCCUUUCUACGCUCUUCUUCUCUAUUGCAACUAUGAUGAUAGCCUUUUCUGCUGCUCUUUUUGUUAUGUUGCGCGAACAUUCAUGGAUUGUCAUUCCUGUUAUUUGUUUGGCUAGUGUUCCCGUCACCCUCUUCAUAGUGAUGCAAUUCCCACUUCUUGUUGACAUGUCCAUUUCAACAUAUGGACCAGGUGUCUUUAAUAGGAAAAUGAAGCGUUGGUUCUAGCCCAUCCUUUGUGCUAUAUGAUGUAUAAUUAUUCCACUAAAUAUUUGCUAUAACAACAUUUUUUUUUCUUGUUCUUGUA